CGCGGGGCGCCCCGCUGCCAUUGGCCGCCGACACACACACCUUUACCGCCCAUUGGCCGCCGGGACGGCGACGCUCCGCCCGAACGCGAGGGGAGACGGAGCCGCCGCCACCUGAAUGGGAGCGGCGGGCGGGGAGAGGAAAGCGGAGCGGGAACGGCGGGCAGCGAGGGGAACCGGGACCGAGCGGGUAACGGAAGAAGAAAUGGAGCUGCUGGCUGAGAAGCAGGGAGAUGCUCGGCACUUCUGGAACAGCACCCCUGAGAAAGGCGAUUACGAGGCCGUCGAGGCCCUGAUCUCUAUGAGCUGCAACUGGAAGUCUGACCUGAAGAAGCAUCCAGACGUGAGACCCAUCACCCCAGCCUCUGACAUGUCGGAGGAGAGCGAUGAGACCCUGCUUCCUGGAGCGGCUGACUUCAGCACCAUCCCCACAUUUUGCCUGACCCCCCCGUACAGCCCAUCCGACCUGGAGCUGUCCCACACUACCCCCACACCUCGCGGAGAGGCUGAGCUGCGUGCACCCAGAGCCCUGAAGGCCCAGGCGACUAGCGUUAUUCGCCACACGGCCGAUGCUCAGCUCUGCAAUCACAAAACCUGCCCGGUGAGAACGGCUAGUGUGCUGAAAUACCAGGAUGGUGCUUCGUGGGACACCGAUAGCAAACGGGACAGCAAAGCAGAGUGCUCGGCUAUGGCACUGAGCAGAGCAAGCUAUGAAAGCAGACGAUUGCCUGCUGCAGAAACUGCAGAGCCAGCUGCCAGCCCAGAGUGCUCAGCAAAGCCUGCGGUCAGCAGGCAUCCGUCUGUCUCUGGGUCAGCGCAGCAGCCGGCACCGCUGGCAGCCCCAUGCCCUGUCCCGGGAAACGGAGCCCCCCCCGUGCCGGUGAUCUGCCAGAUGGUCCCACUGCCCACCAGCAACUCUGUAGUGACUGCCGUGGUGCCCGGCGCUGCAGCCAGCCGGCCGCCUGCGCUCUGCCAGCCCAUGGUGCUCAUGGGCACGCAGGUCCCCAAGGGAGCCGUCAUGUUUGUUGUGCCCCAGCCAGUUGUGCCAAGCACGAAGGCGCCGAUCCUCAGCCCCAACGGCACAAGGCUCUCCCCUAUUGCCCCCGCUCCUGGCUUCGUACCUUCUGCAGCCAAAGUCACUCCUCCAGUUGAUUCUUCGAGAAUAAGAAGUCACGUUUGCAACUACCCGGGCUGUGGGAAAACUUACUUCAAGAGCUCCCAUUUGAAGGCUCACGUCCGAACACACACAGGAGAGAAGCCCUUCAGCUGCAGCUGGAAGGGCUGUGACAAGAAGUUUGCCCGCUCGGACGAACUGUCGCGGCACCGCAGAACUCACACGGGAGAGAAGAAGUUUGCCUGUCCCGUGUGCGAGCGGCGCUUCAUGCGCAGCGACCACCUGACCAAGCACACGCGGCGGCACCUCUCGGCCAAGAAGCUGCCCAGCUGGCAGAUGGAAGUGAGCAAAUUGAAUGACAUCGCCGCACCACCUUCAACGGCGGCCGCGCAGUGAAGGGACUCAGUUGGAGGAUGGCGAGUAACUUGUCACUGGGGUAUGCCAGUAUAUACACAAAAUAAAGAAAAAAAGAAUUAAAAAAAAAGCUUUUGCUGCAGGUCUGAGGGCCUCCAGUGGCAGCUGCUGAUGGCUGCGCUGCAGGGAGGCGCAGGAGGUCUGUGUGCAGGGACACAGCGUGGGGCUGAGAGUUGGGCUGGCUGGAAUGACGGGUGUCGUUUGCACUGGUGAGGAGAGAGGGAAGGUUUUAGAGCAGAGCAGCAUGUCAUGCAGGUUUUGAAUUCAGCAGAUUAUUCGUAUAUGCUAUAUAUAUAUAUAUAUUUAUAUCAGUCAGGCAUCAGCAUUGCUGAAGGUUUGCCGCUGAUGCUUGAAACCAGCACAGAUUUUAAGUGUUGGUUGCGAAUUUCCAGUACAAUGUAGAUUAAACAGACAGCAAUGUGCAGGCACAGGCUAGAAAGCACAGUGUGUAUCUGCAGGAGGAAAUCCAGAUGGGUUUUCCUACUUGUGCUGCCUUUUAUUGGCAGGUGGGCUCAUUAGAUUCCCGGUCCCAGUGGUUCGGUGCCGUGCUCUGCGAGCUGUGGGGCCUGGCCUGCAGUUGGUGCCAGGGGCACCUUGUGGGCAGUGCGAGGCAGGAGGUGGGGAAAUGUCUGUGAAUCCUCAUUGGCUUUGUGAUAUUUUCCUGGCUUCUUUUGAAAGCUUUGUGAUAAUUACAACUGGUUACACUGAGGCAUCGUACGGUGCUUCUGCUUUUGUGUUGCUUACAGUUUCCUUCGUGCCCUCUCAAAAUUCCAUAGCACUGCAUUCUUUCUUAAGUAGAUCCAGUGUGCUGGUAAGGAGAAACAGUGACACUGUGAGCUGCUUGGGUUGACUGAGACACACAAACAAGAGCCUUGGGCUUCUUGGCCGUGUUAUCCUUUGCAAGAUGGUUUAUACUAAAAAUGAGGUAAGGAUGUGUUAUGUAUUGUAUUACAUUAGAAAGUUGUGAUUUGCAGAGUUCCACGAGGCAGUAAAGACACGCCUUAGAACUGAAGCUGUAUAUUUUGUGACGAAUAACACGUCAGUUUCACUCUAUUUUAUCCUAUUACGCCGAGGACACCUAUCAGAAAGCGAACCAUUUGAAAAUAGUGGAUUAGAUACGCUCUUUGUGACUACUUUAAAGAUUUGCACAUUUCUUAUGUUGUACUUUAUACUUUGUUUACAAUAAAAGCAAUUUUCUUUAA